AAACCGAUCUUUCUCUUUCUUUCUCUCUUCCUCUGGGUUUUCAAUGUGCUAAGAUACGUGCCUAGUUAACCUUCAACGUCUAUGGUGGUUGUUAAUAGUUCUGAGAUGCAAUAAUUGCAAAUUCAUAUUUCCAUAAUCAGAUAAAACUAGUCCAGAUUUGACAGACAGGUGAUGAUGGUAUCUUAUUAUUGUUAGCUAAACAAAUUCCUUUUUUCCAAGUUUCAGCCAAAAUCUAGGGUAAUUUAUUUUGAUGUCUGGUCAAUUAUAGAAAACAACGGGUAUUGAAGCCACAAAGCUAUAUUUGGUCAUUCAGAAUCAAACACCAUCAGAUGGUUCAACAAAGAAUAGACUCUAAAUUCAGUGAAUAUGGACUGCGGAAUCCAGAAAAUAACUCGCCCACUUGUGAUAAGCAACCUCCAGUUGGUGCAAAGAAGACACCAUUGAGAGAUCUGCAGAACGAAAAUAGAAUUGUGCCCAACUCCACGGGAAGCUCCCCAUUUUCUAAAGAUAGAGGACCUGUUAUUGAUCCUAUUAAGUUUUCUGGUACCAAGAGACCAUCCCCUGAAUGCCCUGUGAGCCCCUCCCACUGCCAAUCUCGAAGCAAUAGUGCUGCAAGUGGGCAUCUUGUCUAUGUCCGUAGAAAAUCUGAAGCAGAAUUAGGGAAAAGCAGUGCUUUUGACGGUACCAGCAUAAGUAAUUGCCAACAGCUGACGCAAGUUGGUCAAAUGGAGGAAAUUAACCAAAAAAGAGCCCAAAUAAAGGAGCCAAAAGUUUCUUGUUUUCCAGCAUUUGCACCACUCCCAAUGGCUUCCUUGACAAGUUCAUCUGCAAAACCGUCAGUACUAUUACCUCUUGGAAAGUCUGCUAUGAGAUUAGCAUCAUCAGAAUCCAAUCAACAUCCAGCUGUUUCUGCUGCCUCUUUGUUAGAUAGUCCAAAAGGAAAUAAAAAACUUCAUUGGGAAGAGCGGUAUUAUGAAUUGCAGAUGUUUUUGAAAAUGUUGGACCAAUCCAAUCAAGAGGAUUAUAUCCAGAUGCUUCGAUCUCUUUCUGCAGUUGGACUCAGCAGACAUGCUAUUGAGCUUGAAAAAAGAUCAAUUCAGCUCUCACUGGAGGAAGCAAAAGAGAUGCAGCGUGUUGGCAUUUUAAAUGUAUUGGGAAAAACUAUGAAGGUGGCUAAAGCACCCUCCAGUCAACCAGAUCAGUCCUACAAAUAAAAGGCAUCAAGUGCAAGGUAGUAAGUGUUGUAACCUAUCCAUCCAGAGCAGGUGCACAAAAGUGCACACUUGUUCCUUCCUCCUAGUCUUUCUGCAGUGGUCACCUCUGUGCUCACUAUCUGGUAUUUAUUGUAGUUUCAACUUGGAAUAUCCUCUGUAUAUUUUUCCUAGCAAAAGCUAUGGAACAGAAUCAAAUUCAAACACUACUGUCGUAUAUUGUUGAAAUGAUCCUUCAAUUUGCUGCUAUCAAGCCUAGUCUUUCCUGUUAAA